CUGCACUAUGGGACCAUCAUGGGCAGCAGAGCUUGUGUCAAAAUGGCAGCAGCUGCCUGGGCCAGUGGUUUUCUCUAUGCUCUCCUGCACACCGCUAACACAUUUUCAAUACCACUCUGCCAAGGCAAUGUUGUGGACCAGUUCUUCUGUGAAAUCCCCCAGAUCCUCAAGCUCUCCUGCUCAGACUCCUACCUCAGGGAACUUGGGCUUCUUGUGGUUAGUAUGUGUUUAGGCUUUGGGUGUUUCAUUUUCAUUGUGGUGUCCUACGUGCAGAUCUUCACUGCUGUGCUGAGGAUCCCCUCUGAGCAGGGCCGGCACAAAGCCUUUUCCAUGUGCCUCCCGCACCUGGCCGUGGUCUCCCUGUUCAUCAGCACUGGCAUGUUUGCCUACCUGAAGCCCCCCUCCAUCUCCUCCCCAGCUCUGGAUCUGGUGGUGACUGUUCUGUACUCGGUGGUGCCUCCAGCAGUGAACCCCCUCAUCUACAGCAUGAGGAACAAGGAGCUCAAGGAGGCACUGAGGAAAAUGAUUCAACUGGCAGUAUUUCAGCAGCAAUAA